AUGCCUCUGCUGCUGGGCUCUCUGCCAGGAAGUCAAAUCGCAGAAACCUCCGCGCAGCCCUGCGAGCCAUCGAAGCACCUCUACGUGUCGGUUUCAGGACCUGUC